AACCGUGCGGGCUGUCCAUGGGGAACCUGAUGGGGCUGCUCUGGAGAGAUGGGCACGCGGGGUACGAGAUCAGCCUGCCGCCUCUCGUCGACGAAGGCAGCGAGCGAGGGCAGCAGCGGCCGAAGGGAUCUCCGAAGGAUGGCCAGGAGCGGCAAGAUGGAGAAUUGUACUUGCAACUCUGCCUUGUCGUCGAGAGAUGCUCGGACGCGAUUCAAUCAGUACAGCAGUAUGAAGGCUGCAGCGCACUCAUCCGACAGUCGAUGAGUGCACCGAAAGACACGGAGCUGCAAAGCGCCGUCACCGAGGCUCUGUUACCGAACGUCAAGAAGAUUAAAACGUUCUUCGACCUGGCACGAGAUGUGGAGCAGCUGGCGCCGGCUCUGCUGGGGAGGCUGGCAGGUCUUGGCUCCAUCGUGGAGGCCCCGCUGUUGGCGUGUAUGCUGACCGAGCUACUGCAGGCGGUACUCGAGUGGGACCAAAUUAAGAUGAUGCGCCCGCAGGUUCAAAACGACUUCGCCACGUACCGGAGAUAUUUGUCCAGGCUCAAGAGGGAGCAGGAGGCCGGCUUGCUGUUGGAACUGCCCGUUGCCGACACGGACGCGAAUGCCAUCUCGAUGUUCAUCGCGGAGAACGUACCGAUGAUGGUGAUGCUGUCCAAGGUUACGGCCAAGACGGCUGAGGAGGUACCGCGGGUCCAGAAUGUCAUCGCCACAGUGGCGAACAUGUGCUGUGGGAUGGUGCACAGAAGGGCUCACACGAACGAUGCUACGAGUCGAAAACUCCUCAUGGCCAUGACGAGCGCCGCCGUGCUGUACGAUAGAAUCACAGACUCGGGAGUGUUCGUGAGGAGAUCACACAUCGGGGUUUCAAAGUGCAUCAAAGUGCUCAACAGGCAUGGUGGCGCCACGGGGGAGCAACUCCGGGCAACUCUCCGGUAUUCCACGAUGCACUACAACUCGGACACCACUCCCAAGAACAUACGUGAUGCACUCGCGAGAUGAGGCGGGAGGAACAGCUUGGGGGCCUACCGAACCCUACCUGUAUGUGCUGGGUGGUCGUUUUGUUCCAGUUUGUUCCACCUGCACUUUCUGCCUGAAAACAAGAAGCGCCGUCGUUUGGUGAAGAACGUUGUGGUAUCUAAGUUACCGUGUGCGUGGUUUAUUAUGUAUAUGUCACGUUGCGUGCCGUGAGGUGCAUGUUAGUGGGGAAUGUGUAUCAGAAAUUGCAGUGUCGUAUUCGUUUGUUUUGUUUUGUCUCUUUCACUUUUAGAUUCUAUUUGUAGUGGCCCUUGCCGCUUCAGUACUGCUGUGCACAAUGGCAUGGCAUCCCCCGUGCCACACCGGGCGAUCGAUUCAUUUGCCAGUGAAUCGUAUAGUCCAUCUCAUGUGCUUGUGAUUGUUUUUGGUUUGUCGCGUGACCGGUAGCAAAGCAAUUCCGAAAGUACCACACCACACCACACCGCACCAUGCUGUUUCCUUGUUUAUAUAGGGUUGGGUUCGUGCUGGGAUGGUACGUGUUGAUAAUAGUAAUGUUUUGUUCGGGAUUGGUGGAUAGUUUUCCGUACAAUGCUGCCGUGGCUCUGUUGCGACCGAGAAUUGACCCGAUGUUGAGCCUUGCGAGGGCCGGGCCGGCUCUCCGUUGAAGCGUUUUCCAUUGGUGUUUGUCGCCAUCUACAAUACACAGCAGUAGAACGUAGUGUCUUUUGUCUUCCGGGGUUGAACUGUCCGUCGAAAAAUCUCCGUUGAAAUGUAUCCGUUGUUUAGCACAGCGAUGGUGGUAGUGAGCAAAGAAAGACGCCCCUAGCCCGCUCGUCCAGUAUGCUCUGAUGGACGGAACUCGUGCACUUUGCAUAGAUGAGUCGCAGGUGCCUUUCCGCCCGUGUUUUUUAUUUUAUUUUAAUAGUAUACUAUGCAGUGAUAGUAGAGGUAGAUGGAGGUGUAAUCUGCUCUUCUGGCGAGCCUUCGUUCUUCUUGUUGUGCGUGAUUUUUGGUGUGAGGUACGGUAUCAUAUGCGUUAUUUUGUGUGGUCUAUGAACAUUUCAUUUCGCGUACGCGUCAUGCGUACGUGUG